AGCCCGCACGAUCUCCUUUUUAAACCCCCGACCCGCGACGCUUCACUUCCGGUGGUCUACGAGUCCGAGCAUUUCUACGGUAGCCGCCUCGUCGGGCCGGUUCUUGGCUUGGGACUGGGGUUGGUUAUUGACGAACGGGGAAGCGGCGGAGAGAUGGUGGUGACGGACGGGAAGUGCUCGGCGCCGGCGUCGCGGAAGGGGCCGGUCCGGAGCCACAGCGAGGCCGAGCGCAAGCGGCGGCAGCGCAUCAACGCCCACCUCGCCACGCUCCGCACCCUCGUCCCCUCCGCAUCCCGGAUGGACAAGGCGGCGUUGCUGGGCGAGGUGGUGCGGCACGUGCGUGAGCUGCGGGGGAAGGCGAGCGACGCGAUGCAGGGCGUCGGCCUCGGCGUCUUCCCAGGGGAGGUCGACGAGGUGGGCGUCGUCGAGGAGGACGACUGCUGGCCACCCGACCACUUCUACUGCGCCGAGCCCGGGGCGGACAACGAGCGUCGACGUCCGCGGCGCGUCAGGGCGUGGGUGUGCUGCGCCGACCGCCCGGGGCUCAUGUCCGACCUGGGCCGCGCCGUGCGAUCUGUCAGCGCGCGCCCCGUCCGCGCCGAGAUCGCCACCGUCGGCGGGAGGACCCGCAGCGUCCUGGAGCUGGACGUCAGCGACGACGCGACCGCCGCCGCCGCGGGCAAUGCCAGGGCGGUGGCGCUGUCCACGCUGCGCGCGGCGCUGCGCACCGUGCUGCUCAACCGGGAGGAGCACCUCGAGGCCGCGGAGGGGUACAAUCGGCCGCGCUUCUCGACGCAGAUCGCCAAGGUGCAGUUAACGUCCUAGCUACCUAAGGCGCGGCAAAACGAAGGGAACACCGCCUUGUUGAUACACUCGAUCGUACUGCUGUCUUCAACUGUUUCAUGUUUGGUCUAAUUGGCAAGUAGUAUGGUCAUGCAGACUUAUCAGGGAUACUGUUUGCGGUAGUGGAAUUUAGAGUACGAUUGUGGUGCGUG